AUGAAGUUGCUUUUUGCGGUCAGCUUGGCGCUAUCAUGCUGCAAUAGUCUCGUUGCCGCAUCCCCAUAUAGUGAGCAUACUGUUCAUGAAUAUCGCGAUACCAUCAGUCUGAGAUGGACAAGACACAACCGCGUGCCAAGCUACAGGCGUCUUCCGGUGAGAAUCGGAUUGACUCAAUCCAACCUCGACAAAGCGGAAGAUUAUCUGCUUGAUAUCUCCCAUCCCAAGUCGCCAAACUAUGGUAAAAUUUGGACACCUGAGGAUGUCAUCGCAGCAUUUCAGCCUAGCGACACUGCCGUUCAGGCGGUGCGCGAUUGGCUGGCUAGCCACGGUAUCGUCGAUGUGACACAUUCCGAGAACAAGGGGUGGCUUGCAUUUGAUGCACCAGCGUCGCAGGUCGAGGCAUUGUUGAAGACUGAGUACUAUGAACAUGCAGACCAGAUCACAGGCGGUGUGGUGCCCGCGUGCGACAUCUAUUAUGUUCCGGCAAAGAUCCAGGAACAUAUUGACUACAUUACGCCUGGUACCAAGCUCAUGGCACCGGUGAAAAGCGACAUUGACCUCAAGGUAAAGAGAGAAGGCCGGAAGGUCAGCCGUGGAGACAGACUUAAGAAAACAGCCAAACAAGAGUUCUCGCAAGAGCUUCUCAAUGCUCUUUCGGCCAAUGCCAGUGAUCUCAGUACAUGUGAUCAGGCCAUCACGCCGGCUUGUGUCGCAGCAUUGUACAAUAUUCCACCUAGCAACGUCACUGCCCCUAAUAAUUCGUUGGGUGUUUUCGAGGCUGAACUACAGUACUGGGAUCAACCAGACCUGGAUCAGUUCUUUGCGAACUUCACGCCCUGGAUUCCGAAUGGCACUCACCCCCUCAACGAGGAAAUCGACGGUGGUGUGGCCCAGACCGACAAUAUAUCGCUUGCGGGCGGCGAGUCCAUGUUAGAUUUAUUGCUGGCUUACCCUAUUGUCUAUCCCCAAACUAUCACAGUACUCAACGUGGACGAUAUCCAUUAUCAGACAUGGGAGAAUGAUACCUACACUUGGGGCUUCAACUCAUUACUGGACGCCAUUGAUGGCUCUUAUUGCACGUACAGCGCGUACAACGAAACUGGUGAUCUGCCCAAUUGGGAUCCGACAUAUCCUGAUCCUGGGCCCGACGGGUACAAUGGUACCCUGCAAUGCGGCGUCUUUGACCCGCCAAACGUCAUCUCUUUGUCGUAUGGCGGCCAGGAAGCAGAUGUCCCCAUUUCGUACCAAAAGCGUCAGUGCAAUGAGUAUCUGAAGCUUGGUCUGCAAGGCGUGACGUUUGUUUUCGCCUCUGGUGAUUCGGGCGUUAGCAACUACCCCGAGCCCUACGGCUUCGAUGGUCCGACGGGCUGUCUGGGUCCAGAAUUGAACAUUUUCAACCCUACCUGGCCAAACAAUUGUCCUUGGCUUACCAACGUUGGUGCCACGAAGGUCUACGCCGGGUUUAGUGUCUUUGAUCCGGAGAGUGCUGCUCUUGACAUCGGCAAGAAGCUGAACUACUCUUCCGGUGGUGGUUUUAGUAACGUCUACCCGGUCCCUGACUACCAGAAAGCGGCCGUGGAUGUCUUUUUCCGAGAUCACGAGCCUGGGUAUCCAUUUUACGAGGAGCUGGUAGCAAAUGCUGACAACUACACGUUGCCGAAUAUCACAGCCCUGGCGGGCGACACGGGUGGUAUCUACAACAGGAACGGAAGGGGUAUCCCGGAUGUCGCUGCCAACGGCGACAACAUUGCCGUCUUCGUCGGUGGCGAGUUCGGACUCAGCGGCGGCACAAGUGCGAGCACGCCUAUAUUUGCAGGCAUUAUCAAUCGGAUCAACGAUGAGCGGCUAGCGGUAGGCAAGAGCCCGGUUGGCUUCAUUAACCCCGUGCUGUACGAGCAUCCGGAGGUGUUUAAUGAUAUUACCAAUGGUACGAACCCAGGUUGUGGUACUGAUGGAUUUAGUGCUGUUCCUGGCUGGGAUCCAGUGACCGGCCUAGGGACGCCGAACUAUCCCAAGUUGCUGGAGCUCUUUUUGUCCCUCCCAUAA